ACCUGCCUUCCAUUCCGUCUGCCGGCCGGGCAUGCACAAGGCUUGCCUUGACAUGGUGCCCUUUCGAGCCGUCGGUGCCUGAUAGCUCGGUUUCUCGAGCUAGGACUUGGGCUUGAUAGGUCGAUGCACCGGGAGGAGAUGUUGGAGGACUCAGGCAACAGAGCACAUACCUUAAGCUUCGAGGAUGCGGGAGGGGGCGGGUCGCUUGCCGACGACAAGGUGCUCGUCAGGAGCCAGGGUUCAACAACGGCCAGCGACGCUUCGGAGGGCCAGCAGAUCGGCACCGCGCCUGAUCGCUCACCUGAGGAAGGACCCAAGUCAAGGCCGAGAAAGGAUGGAAAUGGCCCCCCAUCAGAUAUGGAGUUGAUGAAGGAGAAGUUCGCAAAGCUUCUUCUCGGUGAAGACAUGUCCGGUGCAGGAACAGGAGUUUCCUCAGCUCUGGCUCUCUCUAAUGCCAUCACAAAUCUUGCAGCUUCUGUUUUCGGAGAGCAGUGGCGCUUGGAACCGAUGUCGGCAGAAAGGAAGGCAAGGUGGAGAAAGGAAAUCGACUGGCUCUUAUCCGUCACCGAUCAUAUUGUGGAGUUUGUUGCCUCCCAGCAGACAUCAGAGGAUGGAAAACACAUGGAGAUAAUGAUAACACAGCAACGGAAAGAUCUUCGCAUGAACAUUCCUGCAUUGAGGAAGCUUGAUGCGAUGCUGAUUGAAUACCUUGACAAUUUCAAGGACCAAAAAGAGUUCUGGUACGUAUCCAGAGAUGCUGAUGAAUCCGAGAAGGGAAACGCACAGAGGACCGAUGAUAAGUGGUGGCUCCCAACCGUGAGAGUCCCUCCGAACGGGUUGUCGGAAGCAUCAAGAAAAUGGAUUCAGCAUCAGAAAGAGCUGGUGAACCAAGUGCUGAAAGCAGCUAUGGCCAUCAACGCGAAUGUUCUAAUGGAAAUGGAGAUUCCGGAAGACUACAUCGAAUCCCUUCCUAAGAACGGUAGAUCAAGCCUCGGAGAUGCACUAUAUCGAAAUAUUACAGAGGAAGACUUUGAUGCCGAAGCGUUCCUUGAAUCCGCGGACUUAUCGACCGAGCACAAGAUCCUAGACCUCAAAGAUCGCAUCGAAGCAUCUGUUGUCAUCUGGAAGAGGAAGAUGCACAACAAAGACGUCAAAUCAUCAUGGGUUUCAGCCGUCAGCUGGGGGAAGCGGGAGCAGUUUGAAGAUAGAGCAGAAACAAUUUUACUCAUUCUCAAGCACAGAUUCCCUGGUAUCCCUCAAUCACAGCUGGACAUAAGCAAGAUCCAAUACAAUAAGGAUGUGGGCUACUCUAUCCUCGAAAGCUACUCGAGGAUUCUAGAAAGUUUAGCUUUCACCGUGAUGUCUCGGAUAGAAGAUGUUCUUCGUGCAGAUUCUCUCGCUCAAGAUCCGGCUCAUGGCAAGUUACAGGAUUCAGAACAAGUUACUGGAACGGCCAAAUCCCUCGUCGAUACAGCGGAGGAAACCGAAAAGCUUAAUAAACUAGAAUCAAACGGUUCCAUGACACUGUCAGAUUUCAUGGAAUGGGAGAUGGAUCAAGAUACUGAGACGAAGGAGGAGGAGGAGGAGGAAUCAGAGACCGGAGGAGGGGCUUAAGCAGCAGCAGCAGCAGCAGCAGCACUACAGCUCGCUUGCCUCUAUUAUAUUAACAAGCCCCACGAGCCAAGGUGGACGAAAGAUGAUGGACGCUUGGGAUGGUUACGAAUGACAAUGUACAUAAAUUUUAUCGGAGCUUCUCAGGAUCAAAGUCUAACAGCUAUUAUUGUGUUCAGACAACAGUGUGCUGCUUUCCUUUCUUGGAUGCCCUGUUGAAUUCUUGAUGAUGAUGCAUAUCUCAUAUUAUGACUGAUACCAGUAAUUCAUUCCUUGCUGACACCCAACAUCAACUAAAUAAUACAAGAGAUUUUGUAUGA